UAAUUAAUUAAGUCGGAAGGAAAUAAAAGGAAAAAGGGUUGAAUACAAUACCAUUCGGCGAUCGAGAUCGAGAUCGAGAUCAAGAGAUGGCAAUGGAUAAAGGUGCGGUGUUUCUGGUGGCGUUGCCAAUAUUUUUGUUCUGUUCGGAUGUUUUCAAUCUUUUUGCUCCUUCUUCUUCAUCUGCUCCGGCCAAGUAUCAUCAUCCUCCGCCAUCAGCCUCCUUCCAACAACCGCCUCUUCAAUUCCCCACCCACCAGAAGAAAGGCGGAAUAGGGUUAGGAAACAGUGUGAAUAUCGAUUUCUGCGCUUCUUGUUCUUACAGAGGGAAUGCAGAGACAAUGAAGAACAUGUUGGAAUCCGCUUUUCCGGGACUCAAUGUUGUUUUAGCCAAUUAUCCACCCCCACUUCCAAAACGCUUGUUAGCCAAACUGGUACCAGUAGUCCAGUUUGGAGUCAUAGGGGUUGUAAUGGCUGGUGAGCAUAUUUUCCCAAGGUUGGGUUUUGCAGCACCACCUCCUUGGUAUUACUCAAUGCGUGCCAAUAGGUUUGGGACCAUUUCUUCUACUUGGCUUCUUGGAAAUUUCCUUCAAGGUUUUCUGCAGAGUUCUGGUGCUUUUGAAGUUUCAUGUAACGGUGAACCGGUUUACUCUAAGCUGAGGGAGAAAAGAUUCCCCGGGGAAAUCGAGUUGCGAGACCUUAUUGGCAACAAAAUUGCAAAUUCAAGAGUCUCAGAUGGGUUUUAAUGGAUCACUUUGGUCUGGAGUGCGCAUGUGGGUAUGAUCAACUGAUGUUUCAUGCUGUUUGUUUGCUUGUACCUUGUUAGCUUUAGAAAUGCCUACUUAAACUUAAAAGUCAUAAGCUGGUGUUGCUUUAUCUUAUUUGUGAUUCUGAACUAUACCAGCUAACAGAGCUAGUAUCAUUGUGGGGUAUCAGAUAGAAUCUAAAUAAGAACAUAUAUUUCACACAUUAGUUAAUGAGGGUCCAAUUUAGGUUUGUUCUCUUAA